AUGCCGAGAGAGAGAAGCAACUGGUCCCAAAUGGCGCCUCCCCUCCUCCUCCUCCUCCUCCCUCUCGCCGCCGCCACCGCACCGUGCGCGCAUCCGGCCUACCCGAGCCAGCCGGCGUCGUGCCCGGCGGAGCCCGUGCUGGCGCCGGAGCGCCGGGAGACGCACGGCGGGGGCCGCAUCCUGGACAUCACCCACUACUACCGGGAGGACAUGCCCUCGUGGGAGUCCGGCGCCGGGGUGGGCCAGUUCCUGUGGCUGCCCGCCUCCAUGCGCAACGGCUCCCUCGCCAACAACUCCGAGAUGCGGAUGCCCACCCACACCGGCACCCACGUCGACGCCCCCGGCCACGUCUUCCAGCACUACUUCGACGCUGGCUUCGACGUCGACACCCUCGACCUCGACGUCCUCAACGGUCCUGCACUGCUGGUUGAUGUUCCAAGGGAUGAAAAUAUUACUGCUAAAACGAUGGAAUCUUUGCAUAUUCCUAAAGGAGUUCAACGGGUACUUUUUAGAACGUUAAACACUGACAGGAACCUAAUGUGGAAGAAAGAGUUUGACACAAGCUAUGUGGGUUUUAUGAAAGAUGGUGCCCAAUGGUUGGUAGACAACACGGAUAUUAAGCUUGUCGGAAUAGACUAUUUGUCCGUUGCAGCUUUCGAUGACUUGAUCCCUUCGCAUUUAGUUUUUCUCGAAAACCGGGAUAUCAUUCUUGUGGAGGGCCUCAAACUGGAGAAUGUCAUACCUGGGAUAUACUCGUUGCAUUGCCUGCCACUUCGGUUGCGUGGAGCGGAAGGUUCGCCGAUCAGAUGCAUCCUUAUAAAGUGA